GGCCCUUUUUUUUUCUUCGCACCAGCCCCCCAAAAUUUCAGCUCCUUGGAUCGGAGGCUUCAAUUGGUCAAGCAGGAGAAGAUGGCAGCGGUCUCUACGCGGCGGCAAUGGACGGCGGCAGCUCAAAGUUUGGAUGGCGGUGACGGCUCGCAGCUGCGAUCUCGACGAACGGUUCCUGACGGCGGAGACGAUCUGAUCUGACGGCGGCGGCGCAAUCUGAAACGGCUUCUCAACCUGGCGGCGGCGCAAUCUGAAACGGCUUCUCAACCUGGCGGCGGCUCUGCGGCUGGACUGCCUUCUGCACGGCCUCGCAAUCCAAGAGGUCGACAACGGCGCUAUAAGGGAUGCAGCGGCGGCUCGCUAAUGGUGGCGAACACCUGUGCAGAUCUCCCCCGAACUAACGGCUUCUCCUCUGCUGCACAACUCCGAACCAGCGGCUGUGGUUCACUCUUCAGAUCCGGUUGCGGCCCUUCACAACAGCGACGGCUCUUCAACGCGGCGGCGCGAUCUGAACGGCGGGGUGACGGUGGCAGCAACUCCUUCGCUUGCUGCGGUCCCCCUCGAACCAGCAACGGCGGCGGUCUGGUUCUGCUCGAUUGAAGGCGGCAGCGGUGAGUCUCACGGGACUUACUUCCUGCUGCGGCUCUCCGAUUCAAGCGCGGUAGUGCUCCGUGGGAAUCAACGGGGAUGGUGGUGCUCCGGCGGCAGCGGCCCUCACUCCGGCUCGUGCUGCUGCACACAGUUCUUCUCCAAAGAACCCAGGCAUGGUCAAUGUGGAAUAAAGGGGCAGCGUUGGAACUCAUUGAUCCCACAAUGCCAUUGGCUGGUUCAACCAGCGACGUAACGAGGUGCAUCCAUAUUGCAUUGUUGUGUGUGCAAGAAAACGCGGAGAACAGACCGACCAUGGCUUCGGUUGUUCUCAUGCUCAGCAGCAGCUCCCUCGCCCUCUCAAGACCGGCAAGGCCGGCGUACACCCUUCACUCCACGACCCAUCAAUAUUCGUCAUUGUCUCCGUUGUCUUCUUCACAUAUUUCUCGCUCUGCUUCUUCCAAAGGUAGAGGCCAGGAUGAUGACAAGCAGAGUUCUAGGAAUCAAGUUUCUAUAUCAGAGUUUGAACCUAGAUAGUUUGGUUUUUAAUUUUCCCUAUAAUAAUAAUAAUAGUAGUAGUAACAAUUUUAUGGGGGAAUUGGUGGCAUUUAGUGUUCAAAACAACAUAGCCCCCCGUCCCAAAGCUAAAUUUACAAGAGGAUAAUGGUGAAGUUCAAAGAUGAUUAUAUAUAGACGGUUGUCAUCCAUUGAGCGUUUCUAGUAUUUUUGAAUUUACAAACAUUUAGGGGUCAAACUCUUUUUUCUUUAUUAUAUUUUAGUACUUAUUUUUGCAAAUCGUUUGUUAAAAUCACGCAAUCUUGUCACUCUUGAAUAAAUGGAAUUGUAAAUG